CGUCAACAGUCAGAUCACAGAUGUCAACUGUCGUACUGUGUUUACAAAAUAAUUAUAAGAAUUAAAACAUUUGUUGUACUGAGAAAGGAUUAAUAAAAAGAUUAUCAACCAUUGCCAAAAUAAUUAACUGAGAAAACAGCAAUGGAUAAACAUAACAGCUCAGAGUUAUUGAAUUCAGAUUUCUCAUUGUCCAAAAAUGCAAGUUCCGAUUCAUUAGAUUCUGACUCCAAAUCUAGUUCAUUGAAUUCUAAACAUGGACAAGAAUCCUCUCAUGUAUUGGGUGAUAUUCAGCUUCUAGACGGUGAAAAAGUUAUGGGAGUUGCUCGGGAUGUUACAUAUCUUUGUCCGUAUAGUGGACCAUCUAGAGGUGUUCUUAAAGUGACCAAUUACCAGUUGCAUUUUCGACCAACUGACAUUACACCUCUGCAAAGUACGCUGAGUGUUUCCUUGGGUGUGGUUUCCAGAAUUGAAAAAGUUGGUGGAGCUUCAUCUAAGGGGGAAAACUCGUAUGGAAUUGAAGUAUUUUGCAAGGAUAUGAGAAACUUACGCUUUGCUCAUAAACAGGAAAAUCAUUCUAGACGUGGUAUUUUUGAGAAAUUACAACAACUGGCGUUUCCACUGUCUCAUAGAUUGCCGUUAUUUGCAUUUAGUUAUUUAGAAAGUUUUGCAGAAGAUGGCUGGCAAGUUUAUGAACCUGUUGUGGAAUUGAGGAGAAUGGGUGUCAACAAUGACAUGUGGCGCAUAACUCGUAUAAAUGACAAGUAUGAGAUAUGUGACAGCUACCCAUCGGUAUGGGCGGUACCGGCUGCAGCUAAUGAUGACCUGCUCCGUUCUGUUGCGGCUUUUCGAUCUCGCGGCAGAAUCCCAGUAUUAGCCUGGAUACAUCCGAGUUCACAAGCCACUAUUACACGGUGCAGUCAACCUUUGGUCGGGGUUAGUGGUAAACGCAGCCGUGAAGAUGAAAGAUAUAUCCAGCUUAUAAUGGAUGCAAAUGCUCAAGCACAUAAACUGUUCAUCAUGGAUGCUCGGCCCAGUGCUAAUGCUAUUGCUAAUAAGGCUAAGGGGGGCGGAUAUGAAUCAGAGGACGCGUAUCAAAACGCAGAAUUGGUGUUUCUAGAUAUACACAAUAUACACGUGAUGAGAGAAAGUUUGCGGAAGUUGAAGGAAUUGUGCUUCCCACAAAUUGAUCAGACGAGAUGGUUCAGUGGAAUUGAGGCAACUUGUUGGUUAAAGCAUAUAAAAUGUAUUCUGGCGGGAGCCGUUCGGAUUGUUGACAAGGUGGAGAACCACAAAACAUCGGUACUGGUCCAUUGUUCCGAUGGCUGGGACCGGACUGCCCAGUUGACAGCCCUCGCGAUGCUCAUGCUUGACCCGUUUUACCGCACACUGAGAGGCUUCCAAAUUCUGAUUGAAAAGGAGUGGUUGUCCUUCGGCCACAAAUUCCAACUGCGUAUAGGCCACGGAGAUGAACGACAUUCGGACGCAGACCGUUCACCGGUCUUCGUUCAAUGGGUGGACUGUGUUUGGCAACUGCAGCAACAAUUCCCAACUGCGUUUGAAUUCACUGAACGACUCCUUAUCACAAUCGUCGAUCAUCUGUACUCGUGUCGUUUUGGUACAUUCCUCUUCAACACCGAGCGGGAGAGAGUCAAAGAAGAACUUAAAGCCAAAACAGUGUCCCUCUGGUCCUACAUAAACAGUCGUCAGGACCUCUACCUGAACCCCUUAUAUUGGGGUCCGAGCGCCUUUGGCCCUAACACGCCACCUUCGCCCUAUUCAAGACCGCAAACAGUGCUUGUACCAGUUGCAUCUUUGAGGAUCAUCAAGCUGUGGAAAGCUUUAUACUGCAGAUGGAAUCCUACUAUGAGGCAACAGGACCCAAUAUUCCAACGUACGCGCGAGUUAGUAGCAUUACGAGCGCAGUUAGAAGCGGCUGCAGCAGCAGCGGCGGGAGAUCACGCGGCGCGGCAACAUCGCUUAGCUCUCACUCCACCACGCGUUGCCAGUCCGCAUCAUGUCUGACGAGAACUAUUAUUUUAAACAUCACUUGAACAAAAAUAACAUAGAUUUUAUUCGGCUACUACUAUUUUAAACUGCCAUAGAUUAAGUAUUUAAUUUAACACAUGUUUGCCAAAGUAAAGAAAUGUUAAAUAAGUCGACUACUUCAUACAUAAAACGGUUUUUACUAAACAAAAAUGAAUAACAGAAAGACAUAACGUUUCGUUCGUUCGUGAUUGGUCAAAAACGUGUUCUAUGACGUAUCUCGUGUCGACGCGUUAAGAUGCUGUCGACCAAUCACAAUCAAACGGAGCCUACGUUUAUUCUUUUGUUUAACAUCGCCUUUAUCAUAGAUUAAAUAUAUUUUGAUGAACGAGUCUUAGCAUUUCGGAAAUGAAUAGAUUUCAAGUCCUCUAAUAAAGGUAGCGUUCACUCUUUCUUAAAAAAUAUUUAUUAGUUAGCAAAACAAAAGCAUUUUUCAUUAAACAUAUAUAAUCUAUUUAGAAAUAUAUUUUUUUUACAACCUUCAGCAAGCCAUUGACUGAUUGCUAUAAUAAAUUAUUUUUCCAUUAAAAUUAAAAUUUAAAAAUGUAUACAAUAUUUCAAAAAUAUUAUAUUUGACCAAAAUUUUAUUUUAGUUAAGAAAACAUAAUUUUAGAGUUUUGAAAAAUCGUAAUGAUUUAAAAAAAUUAAGUUAAGCGGAACUUGAAUUAUUUGUAAGUAGUUAUAAAUUUGUUUCGCAUUCCUCAUGCGCAAGAGGUAAUAAUUAUUGUGUAAAAAUAUUUUUAUCCCCCGCCACAAACUCAACGCAUUGACGUAACCAUUGACUAUUUAACAAAAGCUAGAACUAUAAGCCUCAAAUAGUAAUUUUUUUGUUCUAAUAACUUGUCUUUGCAAAUACAGUGUAAACUUUAUAAUGCGCUGAAGUACGUAUUUUAUGACGUUGUUAUAUGGAAACGUUACAUUGUAUGAAUUACGAAACAUUCAACCAGAGUUCAGUAAUUUCGCAGUUUAAGAGAGUUUGACGUUAGAAGUAAUCUACAGUGAAUACAGUUUACAUUGUAACGUGCUUUAGCCGAUUUCGUUUUAUUGUAUAAACUAUAAAUAAAACAGUUAUGUAAUAAUAAAAUUAAGAAUAAGUGUUUAUAUAUAAUAAAAUGGUGAAACAUCUGA